CCGAGAGGAAAUUUAAAACGAAGCGGCGACGGCGGCGGCCCCGGAGGAUGGUACCUGCUGUGGCCGCGGGUCCGCACCGGGGGCUCUGGGCCCGGGCGAGCUCCCGGGGUCCGCGAUGGUGACGGAGCAGCCUUGAAGAAGGAGCACGGAGGCCGGGGACAGCCGACUAUUUGGGGGCCCCGGGAAAGGAGCGAGAGGAAGGGAGAGGGUGAAAGAAAGGAAACAUCGAUGUGAACGGAAGGAACAUCCAUGGGCUGCCCCCUACAGGCCCCCUACUGGGGAUCGAGCCCGCAACCUGGGCGUGUGCCCUGAUGGAAUCACCAGCGACCUUUCCGUGCACCAAAGGACACUCGACCUACUGAGCCACACAGGCCAGGACUGCUUCAGCUGUCUUGUCCUUCAGGGACCAUUGCCUUGAGCUGGAGAGUUCAAUGGCUGAGAGUAGGUUCUGGGCUCCGGACCUAGGGGCUCAGCUGGGGGUGUCCGGUUGUCUGAAAAAAUGCCGGAAGAGCUCACCAGAUGCUAGGAGGCAGCAGCCCUUUUCUGGAAAGUCCUUUUACUUGGAUCUGCCUGCUGGCAAGACUCUCCAGUUUCUGUCAGAGGCAAUUCAGCAGCUGGGCGGGGUCAUUGAGGGUUUUCUGAGCAAAGAAGUAAGCUACAUCGUGUCCAGCCGCAGGGAGGCGAAGGCAGAGAGCAGUGGGACGGGCCACAGGAGCUGCGCCAGCCCCAGCCCCGGCGAGGUCAGAGUGGAAACACCGUCCAUGGCUGACGCAAAGGGCAGCCACCCCAGGCCUCCCCAGAAACCCGCAGACUUGGUUCCUCUGAGCAGAGGGAAGGAGUUACUGCAGAAGGCCAUUAGAAAUCAGGGGAGCAGCAGCGGAGGCGGCAGCGGGAGUCCCAGCAGCCUCCUGACCAGCGCCCGCUCCUGGGGCGUGAAGAUUCUGCAUGUGGACGACAUGGUGAUGCAGGUGCAGCAGCUCUCUCUAGACGCCGUGUGUGUGAGGAAACAAGGGCCCCAGAAGCCAGAGGGAACGUGUCCCGCAGCGUCAAGAACACGGAAAGUGGCCAGACUGAAGGCGCCGUUCCUCAAAAUCGAAGAUGAGAGCAGGAAGUUCCGUCCUUUCCACCAUCAGUUUAAAUCCUUUCCUGAACUUUCUUUUCUGGGACCCAGAGACGCAAGUCCCUUUGAGGCCCUGACGCUCCCGGGCAGCUCGCGCCAUCCCAGGGGACGCCAGGACCGAGAGCCGCGCCUCCGCCCGGCCGCCCGCACCGCGCUCAGGAGGAAGAGGGGCUUCUGCGAGUGCUGCCAGCAGGCCUUCGAGGAGCUCCAUGGGCACCUCCAGAGCGCCCGGCACCAGGCCUUUGCCCUGGAAGCCCACCCGUACGCAGAAGUCGAUCGGAUCAUCGCCCAGCUCAGCCACAGCUUUGCGGAGAUCCCCUCCCCCGCCAGCCUCCCCAGGCAGCCAGGCUCCCCGGCUUCGGAUCGUGACCCUCUGUCUCCUGAGACUGCGCCUCCCGGCCAGCCCUCGUGUGGCCGGGCAGCAUCUCCCAGGAGGAGGAAGGGGGACGGUCACCCGGCCCCUGGCAUCCACCAGCAGGAUGGGCUGGCGGGCGGCCGGAAGUCACCAGCUGAACUCGUGGGGGCUGGUGAGAUGCUCGGACCAGUAGCGAGCUGCCAGGACCUGGGGGGCUCAGGUGAUGUUGCUAUGGACCCCCCAAGGGCAGUGCUGUCGAGAAGCCCCACUUCUCGCUGCCUCCUGACCAGCUCUGACUUUGCCGACCUCUCCUCUGGCCCAGACCCGGCACGCGUCGGCCACAAGCGGAAGGUUCGGUUCCCCAGUGGCAAUGCCGGGAAGAGGCCAGGGGUCUCCUGGCCACAGGCCUCCCUCUCUGUCUCCGGAGCCCUCAGCCCCUGCAGCACCGGGACCACCGAUGGCAGACAUCUCUUCUCCCUGCCCCUCCCAGGCCCCGAGUCCAGGCCUCUGACCUCGCCCCUGCCCUUGUGCUACCCACAGACCAGCCUCUCCCUCCCAGACCCCUUCCCCUGGCGGCCCUCAGACAGGCCAGCAGAGCUCUGGGCCACACAGGCCCCCUGGCCUGGAGGAGGAGAUGCCCCGGGCUCUGAGGGCUCUGAGGGCUCUGAGGGUCCAGCCCCCGGCCCCAGCCCUCAGCAGACUGACCGGCUUCCCAGCUUCUCGGCUGCUCAGGGCCGGCUGUCCGCCCACCUGCACUCAGCCGCAGGCACGUAACCCCCAGGGGGGCUGCAGAGAGCAGGCUACCUCCCCCUCCUCUGCCUUCGGUGGGGGAGCCAGCCUCUGCCAGCCCUGCCUCCCUGUGUCCCAGCACCAGCAGCAAACUGCUCCUGUGAGGCCCCAGGGCACGCAGCUCUUCCUGGGGCCGGACAGCUCCCAACGUGAGGGCCAGGGGCACAGGUGUAAGUUAUACCUCUGCUGACGGCUGCUCACCCAGCCAGGCAGCCAGAUACACCGAGGGGCAGCGCCCGGCCUCACUGAUGGAGACAGAAGGCCAAGUGAACAGCUGUUGUCAUGACCAAGUGCAGGGUGGACCGAUCGAGUCCUCCCACCCAUCCAGUCUUCAGGUGGAACCGAGCGAGCCAGCUUGAGGGCUGCCCUCUCUUACCCAGAUCUCCAACCAUGUUCCCCACUGGCAGGGACCUGUGCUGGGCUAGCCCGGCCAUAGCCAGCUGCCCACUUGCCAGGAGGCAGAGGCAAGGCUGGCACAGGAAGGGAUCACAAAGAAGCUGGAGCAGCAGGAACCCUGGCUGGCUUCCCGCCCUCCGCAGAGCCCAGGGUAGGUGUCCCCACCUCCACCCCCCCUCCUUUCGCACAAGCUUGUGGCUCUCCUGCUUUCCAAAAUGUUUGUCCCCUCCCCCAGCACCCCACGCUGUGCACACAGAUCUCAGGAACAUAUGAAGCAGAGGAGGGCUCGGCUGCUGCACUCACAGAGCUCCCUGCUGCACUGAGCGGGCCCAGCGCUAACCUGCCCCCUGAGCCCCAGACCUGGCAGAUGCCCUCCGGGCACAGACCCCCUUGGCUCUUCCCCGCCUCGGCCUGGGUGCCCACCGGGGUGCUGCUCCAGGGUCAGUGGUCCACCUGCCAACCUCCCCCCAUUUCUGUUCAGCCGAGCCAUUAAUCUGGAGAUGGGGAUGAGUUUGCUAUCGAUUGUUUGGCCACAUUUUUUUUAUUACAUUUUGUACUGUGGUUCUUCUCGCCCUUCUCUG